CCCUUUCUAACAGUGAAGUAUAUGCGACGCCGAGACGUUCUUCUCUGCAACUCUUCUCCGGAACCCUAACCGUCGAUACCUCAACGGGGAUCGCUCUCACGUCCGGCGAGGCGUAUCUGAGCUACAAGAUGGAUGUUGAUCAGUCUGAUUCACAGAAGGCUCAGACCUUACAAUCCCUAACCAGUGGUUCUCUCGGUUCGUCUCUGUCCAAGCUCGCCGGCUCUUCCCGGGGUAUUCCGGCCGAAAAAGACUUUCACUUUUAUUACAGCUUCGACGAAUUCAAAAUCCCGAUACAGAGCAUCGAGCGGCAAUCUCAGUCGAUGCUCGAGACCAUUGGCUCGUCCGCCGAAGUUUGGGGCAAGGAAAUGGCGUUCCCUGAGGAUACCGACGACGCGUAUGAUUGGUUAGUUAAUGUUAAUGAUGAAAUUUUUGAGCGGUUUGAUGUGUCUCUGGAUGAGUUUCAGAGGAUUCGGAAGGAGGAGGAGGAGAGUGGGAGGGCUGUGGCUUUAAUGGCGGACUCUAACGAUGGGUUUCAGUUGGUGUGUGGGAAGAAGAAGAAAACUCCGAGUCAUGGAGACGAGGUGCAUGAUUCGAGUUUUGAGUCGAGUGUGAAGGUUGCUACCAAGGAUAGGAAAACUUUGGGGGUGAAGCCGAAAGUGCCAUUUCAUAUACCGACUAUCCGUAGACCGCAGGAUGAGUUUAAUAUUUUGGUUAAUAAUUCAAAUCAGCCGUUCGAGCAUGUCUGGUUGGAAAGGAGUGAAGAUGGCUCGCGGUUUGCACAUCCACUGGAGAAGCUCUCUGUAUUGGACUUUGUCGAUAAGAUUAAUGCAGAUUUUCAACCUGUUUAUCCACCAUCUUUGGAUUGUACUCCCUUCAAAUUCAUAGAGGAAGUCAAUGAUUUGAAAGAACUGGCUGCUAAAUUGCAAGGAGUUAAUGAAUUUGCGGUUGAUUUGGAACAUAACCAGUAUCGAUCUUUUCAAGGACUUACAUGCCUGAUGCAAAUUUCUACAAGAACUGAGGAUUUUGUUGUAGAUACGCUGAAGCUCAGAAUUCAUGUGGGGCCCUACCUGAGAGAGGUUUUCAAGGAUCCUUCAAAGAAAAAGGUGCUGCAUGGAGCAGAUCGAGACAUUGUGUGGCUUCAACGGGAUUUCGGGAUUUAUAUUUGCAACUUGUUUGACACUGGGCAGGCUUCAAGAGUAUUGAAACUGGAAAGAAAUAGUCUGGAGUAUCUCCUUCAUCACUUUUGUGGUGUUGCAGCUAAUAAAGAGUACCAGAAUGCAGAUUGGAGAUUAAGACCUCUCCCUGAGGAGAUGCUGAGAUAUGCGAGGGAAGAUACACACUAUUUGCUGUAUAUUUAUGAUUUGAUGAGGAUGAAACUGUCCUCAAUGCCCCGUGAAUCUGAAGAAUCUGAUUUUCCUCUGGUAGAGGUUUACAAGCGGAGUUGUGACGUAUGCCUGCAUCUUUACGAGAAGGAGCUGUUGACUGAAAACUCAUAUCUUUAUGUGUACGGAUUGCAGGGUUCUGGUUUCAAUGCACAACAACUUGCUGUUGCUGCAGGUCUCUUUGAGUGGCGAGAUGCUGUUGCCCGUGAAGAGGAUGAAAGUACCGGUUACAUAUUGCCGAACAAAACGCUUCUUGACAUUGCCAAGCAGAUGCCUGUCACAAUUAACAAAUUACGUAGACUACUGAAAUCAAAGCACCCAUUUCUUGAGCGCAAUCUUGCUUCAAUUGUUACCAUCAUUAGGCAUUCGAUGCUGAAUUCUUGUGCAUUCGAAGAGGCUGCUGAGCGUUUGAAGGAAGCCUGUGCAGAGGCGGCAUCAGAAGAACAGGCAUCCACUAGUGAACAUCAAGAUAUGAAUAUAUCCGAUAUUUCAAAUUUGAGACACGUAAUCCCGAUUACGAAGGUCAAUGCUGCGGAAAAUACUGCCAAUGGUCCAAUCUUUUCACCUUCUUCCCAGUCAAAAGUUGCUCCCUUGGAACAUGGAUACCGGCCCUUUGUACCUGGAAAAGUUUUAAAGGUAGACCAUUCUAUGCAUCCUGUUUUGAAUGGGAGUAGACAGGGUCCAACAACUUCAGAGCCGAGCAAACACUCGAAUGGAGAUAAAUAUCCAGUAGCACAGGUUACUGGGAUGAACAUUUCAUUGCAAAGGAAGGGUAACCGAGGUGGUCUCGGGUCACUAUUGGGAAACUCAGCCCCAAAGAGAAAAUUAGAUACUGAUAAAAAGGAUAAUGAAGAGAACAAGUUGGAUAAAAU